CCACUCUUUGCCACUUAACCAAAGUCUUGAUUUUGACGAGUCUUUUUGACGAAAGAAGGAGAGAAAAACUCACACCUGUGAAGGUUGUGACCAACCAAAUCAUUAUAAUAAUCCCAGCAAGCGUUCUCGUUCUGGAAUCUGCUUUUUUGUUGGCCAAACCUCCUCCUCCUCCUCCUCCUCCUCCCCCCCCUUCCCUCCUCCAACUCCAUCCAAGGUUGGCUUUCGUCUCUCCAUUCCUGGUUUCCCCAUUCCCACCCAACAGCCAUAUAAUCCAUCAUCCCCUUUCAGUCAGUCCAUCAAGAGAGUUGAAAGUUCUCUCCUUUUUCUUGGGUUUUCCCCCCCUUUGAGUUGUUGGGUGGGAGCAUUCUUCGUUUUCUUGGGUUACUGUUGUUAUUGGUUUCCGUUUUCUUCUGGAGAAAUGAGAGUGGAGGGUGGUGGUGAUAACAGUAGGCAUGCGGACCCUUUGUGACGCUUGCGAGAGCGCCGCCGCCGUCGUGUUCUGCGCCGCCGACGAGGCGGCUCUUUGCAGCGCCUGCGACGACAAGGUUUGAUGGAAGAAAGCUUCUUGCUUUGUCCAUGCUUUGUACAACUUCUGAUUUAUGAAUUAAUCGCUGGUAAUGGACCGCAGGUGCACAUGUGUAAUAAGCUAGCUAGUCGGCAUGUCCGGGUUGGCCUUGCGACUCCCAGCGAUGUUCCUCGCUGUGACAUAUGUGAAAAUGCACCUGCUUUCUUUUAUUGUGAGGUAGAUGGAACCUCGCUUUGUUUACAAUGCGAUAUGAUUGUUCAUGUUGGAGGCAAAAGAACGCAUGGAAGAUACCUUCUACUAAGGCAGAGAGUUGAGUUUCCGGGGUAUAAAUCUGCCCACAGUGAUGAGCAGGCUUUGCCAUUGGUGGAUCAAAAUGAAAAAAGAGCGCAAAAUCAGGGCCUUAUAGUGAUAUCAGAUGAGAAUCAUCAAAAUCAUAGACCAUCCAGUGUUCAGGUGCCUGAUGCUGAUGCUGAUGGGCAUGCCAAGAUGGAUUCAAAAAUGAUCGAUCUGAAUAUGAAGCCCCAUAGAAUGCACGAUCAAGCUUCCUACAAUGAGCAAUGACAAUAAUCAUUACCCUGGCGAAGCGGGUUUCGGUGGAAGCUCAAACUACGAUGCGGGAAGUGCGAUUUACAGCCCGGUCUUAUUUACAGGGCUCCUCUCUGUGCCUGAUUUUCAUCUGCUCCUCCACCUUCCCCUUGGUGAAAGUUCCUGGAGACGGGUGAAUCAUGUGUUUUUGGACUCAAAGUCAUAGUCUCAGUUUGUCUUUUGUCCAGACCAGGAGGUCAAUCGUUUCCUCUUUUUGGGAGAACCAAGGGACAUUACAAGUCACUGCGGGUAAUUGCUUGUAACUUGAAGAUUGCCCGUGCCACGCACGGUUGCAACAAUCUAAUAUAAGUGAAGUCAUCUUUACUAUUUUUAUCUA